GAGUUGUGUUGUGUGGAUCUUCUUGUGGUGAUAAGCAAGUGAUAGUGUGAACACACCUGAAGGUCGUGUGGAUCGAUAGCCCCAAACGCACAGAUAUGAAUAUGUCGUCCAACGGACAGUCGGUGAUGACCUCAAAGGCGGGACUCAACAUAAAUAUGCCAUCAUUUGGUCCGCAGUCUCAAUGGCAGGGAAACAGUGUCUCAUAUAUGGCGCCAAUCAGUCAACUCAAUCAGUUGGCGCUCACCACCAGAGCGGCACUCGGGCCGCAACCCCUGUGGCCAACGCUGGGCCAGCCCUACCCCAACUACUUUGGCCCCCAAAUGGCUAAUCCGUACCAACCGAUUGGACCCCCGCCGCCACCGCCCGGCCAUUCGCACUGUUGCAUGAGUUCGUGUCAGAGUUAUCACCACUCAAUGGAUCACAACUGCAAUAGCAAUUGGCCGACGAGUAGUAGUGGCGGACCUCCCGGUGCUAACUGUUGGACACAUAGGGAUGGAGAGACCUCUGGCACCGCAAACGCGGCCUCAAUCGUGGAGUCGAUCACUGAGAUCAAGACCGACGACUCGGAUAACGAGUCGACAAAAUCGGCCAAAAAAGAGACGGAUCUCCAGAAACAACUCAAACAAACGAAAGCCAUUAAUAAAGGUCUGAAGAGUACGAUCGAAGAGACGACCACUCAAUUGAAUGAAAUCCAGGAAUCGCUUCUUAAGACGGAUCUCCAGAAACAACUCAAACAAACGAAAGCCAUUAAUAAAGGUCUGAAGAGUACGAUCGAAGAGACGACCACUCAAUUGAAUGAAAUCCAGGAAUCGCUUCUUAAGAUUAAUGAGAAGUUAGCCAUGGAUUACAUCGAGAAAUAUCAACAGAAUCUGAAGAAAUACGGCUCUUAUAUACGCGACGAAUGCAAUCGAUUCAUUCAGAACCCAUCGAUGGCUAAGAAAUUGGCGCCAAUUAAUCUGAAGAAAUACGGCUCUUAUAUACGCGACGAAUGCAAUCGAUUCAUUCAGAACCCAUCGAUGGCUAAGAAAUUGGCGCCAAUUGUGGAGCAGAUGAAGACGGCGUCCAAAAAAGCGACCGAUGAGAAGGAAAAGCUGAAGAAGUUGUUCGCCGCUAAGCGAGAGACCAUCAAAGAAGACGUGACCGUCGAGUUCGACGAUCUUGUCUUUGAUCCCAAAUCGCUGCCAGAGUUUCCCGAUUUGUUCGAGUUUUACAAAACAAUUUUAGAUGAAAUACCGCUCAUAUUCUUCAAUGAUUUGUCGCAAAUCAAACGAUUCGCUAAUAAUUGUGUCCAACAGUCGAUCGAAAGCAGAUCUGAACAGAAGAAGCCUACGGUCGGCGAUCAGUUGCCGUCGAGUCUCGCGUCGACACUACCGCCACCGACGACAUCAUCUUCGCUGUACACUCCGCCCGAGUAUUCAUUGCCCACUUGUGCUCAAACACUGUUCUCAAUGUCGCCAAACGUCAAAGACUUACCCAAACCUGACUUCUCGUUACUGACGUCU